UCUUUUUAUUUUAUGGCCACAUGUCGCCCAACCCUAACAUAGACUAAAAUGUACAGAUUUGUAAAUCUGUUACACUGAAGCUUUAGCUCCAGUGUUUAAUCCAUCCUAAGGCGCCAUGUUGUUGUCUGUAGCCAGGUCCUUGAGAUUUCUAUUGCACUGGUAAUGAUAGGUUGCGGUUGUGAGUGUCUGAAAGCUAGUUGGAGAGACUGUAAACAAUGGCACGAUGAAAUAAUAUAAUAAUAUGACAACUUUUAUGUCUUUUCAAUGCAGUUUUGAUGAAGAACCACUCUGCCGUGAGCUACUGGAAUUCAUCUUUAGAGAGUCCCAGCAGCUUUGUGACCAACUGGAAUCCCAAGGCUCUGUAAUGGAUUUGGAUUUCCUUUAUUCUCGCUAUGAAGAAUUCCAUCGAAUACUUCUAAUAUGUGCAGACAGGGGACUUUUACAAGAUGUGGACAACAUCAUAGAAAAUUUACAAAAAGUGCUGCAAUUACUAAACGCUCAUUAUGAACCUUCUUUGGGAUUCAGGCCUUCUUUGCUGAUGACUGGAAACAGAGGACGCCCCUCUUGGGAAAUUUCCAGUGAACAAUUGCAGUACCUUCUUGACUUUCAUUUUACAGUGAGGGAAAUUGCGCGGCUUUUUGGUGUCAGUUACAGGACCAUACGCCGAAGAAUGUCUGAAUAUGGUUUAUCUGUAAGGAUGUCUUACAGUGACCUACCAGAUCCGGAUCUUAGAGAAAUAAUCAGCCAUUUCAUUGGCCAAUUUCCCAAUUCUGGGAUUAAAACUGUCUCUGGAUAUCUCAACAGCAUUGGAUUACGAAUCCAGAGAUCUCGGAUAAUGGAAACACUAAGACUUGUGGAUCCAGUUGGAACCUUUUUUCGUGGUCUAAGCAUCAAUAUUAUUCCAAGAAGAGUCUACUCAGUACCAGCACCCAUGGCUCUCUGGCACAUUGAUGGGAAUCAUAAAUUGAUACGAUGGAGGAUCGUCAUUCAUGGGGGAAUCGAUGGUUACAGCAGAAAAAUUAUGUACCUCCAGGCUGCUGACAACAAUAGAGCAUCCACUGUUUUUUCAGCCUUUCUUGAGGCCAUUCAGCAGUUUGGAGUUCCAACACGUGUCCGCAGUGAUAAAGGGGGUGAAAAUGUUGAGGUGGCUCGCUUUAUGCUCGAGCAUCCGCUACGUGGACCAGAGAGAAGACCUUUCAUUACAGGCCGAAGUGUCCACAAUCAGCGGAUUGAGAGGUUAUGGAGAGAUGUUUGGCGGGCUGUUACUGUCAAUUACUAUCAUGCUCUCCAACACUUGGUUCAUACGAAUGCCUUAAACCCCGACAAUGAGCUCGACAUGAUCUGCCUGCAUUAUGUGAUGCUUCCACGCAUCAACAGACAUUUGAUGCUUUUUAAACAAGCUUGGGAUCGCCACUCCCUUUCCACUGAACAAGGCAGAUCACCUCAACAACUGUGGAUUGAAGGCCAGUUGCGAAACAGUACUACAAUCUCUGAACCUGCAACAAUAGAAGAUUAUGGAGUUGACUGGGAAGGACCAACACCUACAGACACCGAUGGGACUGUUAAUGUUCCAGAGGCACCACUGCUUUUAAAAGACAUUGUUCUGCAGUUCCUCCAAGGGAGAAUUGUUCCACUAGGCGACAGCACUUGCUUUGGAGUAGACAUUCUUCUUCAGACUUUACAAAUUGUCAGAGAACAUUUUGAUACAUCCAGUUAAAGAUGGGAGGGGAUUUUAAAUUAUAUCGAGUUUAACAUAUAAACAUUUUUAAGGUGUGAAUGACUCCAGCCAGGAUCAUACUUUCCUGGAAUGUUGCAACACUUCAUCAAUAAAUUUUCUCUUUAACCCACUCCUUUUAAAGCACACUGUAUUGUUAUGUGUCUUUUUCAAACAACUGUGUUGACUUUUUCAUUUGUGUUUGAAAAAAAUAAACUGAAACUGAAACAAUCA